CAGAGGAGCUGGCUGGGGUAAUGGCCGGCCCUGUUUCGACACUUCUAUUCACUCCCAAACAAUUAAUAAACCAAAUAGUAUUUGGGUCGCCUGCAUUUACUCUUCUAUUUUACUAUUACUUUACCAAUCUCCCACAGCUUUACUUCUUUGUUUCCACUUGUCUCUCUCUCCAUAUUCAAAUAUCUUCUCUCUGUAUAUAUAAAUUACUUCUCUUCUCUCCACAGGAAGGAACUAUUCUUUCUCGAGUAAAACUACAUCGAAGAUGGCUAGAGAAAUACAAUCCAUAUCUAUUGCAAAUGAAGCCGAAGAAGAAGACGAAGAAGAGCAUUGUUACUGUGUGAUCUUCCGAUCAGCGAAGCAAAUCAAUCAAGAAAACAAGAAGAAGAAGAAGAAGAAGCUCCAUCAAUCAAGACCAAGAUCGAAGAAGACUUUGAUUUCGGUUCGUUGGGUGGCUCCGUUUCGACAGAACCCGUAAUGUGUGCCGCCGAUGACGUCUUCUUUCGAGGCCAAAUUCUACCGUUACGUCACUCAAUUAGCUCCGACAGUUGCUUGGCUGCGUUACGAAAGGACAGCCGAAACCCUAGCCGGUGCGUCUCAAGGUCCGAGUCCAUGGACCAUUGCUAUUCAUCGAGUGGUUUCACAAGUGUCAGCAGUAGAAGUAGCAGUAUUCGGAGUCACAAUUCAUCAAGCAGCGCCAGUUCCACCUCCGCCGCCGCCGCCGCAAUUCAGAAGCAAAGAAUUCGAAACCAGUUUCAUUCCCACCCAAGCCCUACGCCCCAGAUCCGGGUUUCGAGCUCUCGGUAUGGAAAUGUCGGUGGUCACCGUAGUAGUACUAGUACUAGUACUAGUCAUAAAUCGACGCUAUGGAGCUUUUUCAGAGUGGGUUUGGUCCGAGCACCAUGGCCAGAGAUUGAAUUGCAAGACCUCAAGGUUCGAAACAACAACACAAGGAGUUUCGGCAGUCGAAACAGCACUAGCAGCACCAGUAGUAGCAAAAAUGGUUCCGACAUCGAUAAGAAGAAGAAGAAGAAGCAGAGAUUGAUGUUCAGCAAAAAUGGUGGAUUAUUGUUUGGGGGUUGUAAGUGUUCGGUUAAUGCAGUUAAUGACAGAACUGUUCCUUCAAGGGUUGUUGUUAUGGUUAAUAGUAGUCCUAGUAAUAAUGGAGGACAAGGAAAUGAAAGAAAAGAUGAGAAAGCAGUGAAGCAGAAGAAGACAAAGCAGCAAAAUGGAAAGCAAACGAUGUCGCGUCACCGAACGUUUGAAUGGUUAAAGGAGCUUUCGCUUGCAGGCGUCCCAGAUGAGGCAUAGAUUCACGCAUGCUUUAUUUUAUUGUUGUUGUUAUUAUUAUUACUUUCAUUAGCUUUUUGUUCUCCUUCUUCUUUAGUUUAAAUUAAAUGAUUUUGUAUUGUAUUUGCGCCAGAAGAUAAAUAUUAUUUAUAAUUGAAUUUAUUUUCCAGUUCUAUUUUA